CCUCAGGCUUCUCAGCUGUCAGAGCCUGAUCCUCUUUCCUUCUCACCGCUGCUUCCUGGCCCAGGAAUCCCGGCCCUGAGCUCCAGAGCCCAGGCGCCCCAGGUUUCCCGGUUCGCUUGGUCAGGUAACAACGUGGCGCAAAACUGCCCGCUAGGGCGGCUGAGCUGCGCUUCGGUCGCAGUUGACACGGCCGGUCCGGCCCGCUGGUUACAGCAUCUACCCAUUGCCAACAUGUUAUCUCUGAGGAUUAUGGAGUCAGAAAUACAGCCACACAAAUAGAAGAGUCUUGGCUGUAAAGAAGCACUACUUCAAUGAAGUCUUUUCAUCAUAGGAUGGCAUUAGCUCUGUGUCUGCAGGUGCUGGGCAGCCUGGGGGGCUGGCUCUCCCUCUACAUUUCUUUCUGCUAUGUGAAUAAGCACCGAAGUUAUGAGUGGAGCUGCCGGCUGGUUACGUUCGCCCAUGGAGUCCUCUCUAUAAGUCUCUCAGCUUAUAUUGGCUUCAUUGAUGGCCCUUGGCCUUUUACCUACCCAGGCUCACCCAAUACACCUCUCCAAGUAUAUGUUCUGUGUGUCACCUUGGGCUACUUCAUCUUUGACUUGGGCUGGUGCAUCUACUUCCAGUCUGAGGGUUCCCUGAUGUUGGCUCACCACAUUCUGAGUAUCUGGGGCAUCAUCUUGGCCCUGGUGCUUGGAGAGUCAGGCACAGAGGUCAAUGCAGUCCUCUUUGGAAGUGAGAUUACAAACCCCUUGUUACAGAUACGCUGGUUUCUUCGUGAAACCGGCUACUACCACAGUUUCAUUGGAGAUGUGGUGGACUUCCUCUUUGUGGCUCUGUUCACUGGGGUGAGGAUUGGCUUAGGAGCUCACCUCCUUUUCUGUGAAAUAGUCUCACCCAAGCCCAAGUGGUUUAUGAAGGCUGGGGGCAUAGCCAUGUACACUGUGUCCUGGUGUUUUAUGUUAAGCAUCUGGCGCUUUGCAUGGAAGAAAAGCAUCAAGAAGUACCAUGCCUGGAGAAGCAGGUGGAGUGUAAACCAGCAACUGAAACAUAAUGGACAUCUCAAGACACACUAGUUAAGGUUUACUCCAGUUAAUGGAUUGGGUAAAGUUAGCCAUGGGAACCAGGUUGGGAAUAUAAUAACCAUGUUAUGGAACCAUGCUUAUCUAACAAACUUAGAUAUCAAAAAAGAACUAAAUUUAUUGGUCAGUUUUCAAAUGGAACACAUACUAGUAUUAAGACUAACUUCUAAAGUGGUACAGUUGUAGAAAGUGAAAUUAAUCAGUGGUAGUUUGAAUAAAUCAGAACUACAUUCCUUCUAGUUUGUGGUGACUCUGGGUCCUGUUGUCCCUAGGAAGCUUGCUUUUGGAUACAUUCCCUUUUAGUCCUCUGUUUGUUCUUUUCUCUGGAAAAGGUACCACUAUCUAUGGACAAAAUACGACAAAGCCCAUCUAUGAAGGAAAAAAAAUUUUUGAGGAAGAUUUUUCUCUAAUCUCACCUAGGAAAAGCAAGAAUAUAAGCUUAGAACAAGGUUUGGAAUCAAGAAUUCCUGGGUUCUUUUACAGAAUUUUGCUAAUCACAUGCCCAAUCAUUUCGGGAAGUCACUUAUUUUUAUCCUUUGCCUCAGUGCAAAUCCUCUUGUGAAUGCAAUACCCCAUUGUAUAUUUCAUAGAGACAUUAUCUAGCAUCUCAUUAGUGAAGAUCUUUAAUGUAGGGCUUUUAUGAAAAAGUAAAGCAUUAUUUAUAUCUUUGCUGUUUGUUAUUCAGAUCAGCGGUUAUCGAUUAGCUUUGUUGGUGAGCAAGUGGGCUACUGAAGUCAAGAGUGAAGGUCAGUGGCAAUAUUAACCUUAUGCAAGUUUUUGAGAAUAGAUGACAGUGGCCAUACAUAGCAGAGUAGUUGGAACCACGUAUUCAUAGGUGAACCAGGCAAAGCAACUUUAAAGGCAUGUUAACAGUGGAUUUUUUUUUUUUGCCUUUUAAAAUGUUUUAUUACAAAAGAAACAUGUUUAUUGUAGCCUGAAGCAGCAAAUGAUAGGAAAAUACAUUUUAUCCCAUCUAGAUAUCACUUCUUUGGGUAAUCCUCCCCAGUGCAUUUAUUUUAUUUAUUUUUUAUUGUUUAGUUACAGUUGUCCCACCUUCUUUCCCAUUGCUCUCUCCCCUGCGCCAUCCCCACCCCUCACCCCCACAGUCAAUCUCCCUCCAUUGUCUGUGCCCAUGAGUCCUCUAUUUGUGUUCCUUGGCUUGCCCUUUACCCUUCUUUCUCCCUUUAUCUCCCUCCCCUCUGGUCACUGUCAGUUUGUUCCUUGUUUCCAUGUGUCUGGUUCUGUUUUGCUUGUUUGUAGUGGGUCUUUUAAAAAUGAGUGUCAUUUGGUUAAAGAGUUUUACUGGACAUGGAAAUAAUCUGACAGUAAUAUCUGCAUAUCUUUUUUCUUAUGAUCAGUAUCUCUAAAAUGCUGGAUAGUUUCUUUCUAAAAACACUGCAGUCAAAGUAGGAUGCUGGGGAAUGCUGAUUUUAAUAAAAGCCUAGCAAAAAAGUAGCUUGGCACAUGAGCUCUAAAAAAAAAAAAAUGCUGGCUUAAAUUUUGGCACAGUUCAACUUGUUCCAUACCAAAUGAAUAGGCUUAAUUUGGUACUAAUUCUUUUCUCCUUACUCCUCAGCAGUGAAGAGACUGGGGACUGCAGAUCUUUGUUUUUGGGUACUUUCAUAUCAACAUAUAUAGGUCUCUUGAAUUUUGGAAAACCUAAAGAAUGAUAAGGGAAACAGAAUUCCUCAUUUCAGCUUUUCUUGAUGUUGUAGAUAAUAACUAUGAAGGAAUCUCUCUGAAAGCAAAAUGUGAAAUGAAGAUUACCAGCAGUUAAGAUGCUGAGUUUUCACAUCACUGGUAAAUGAAGGCUAAUUAACAGAUAAAAUGGAGUACUCAUUUGCAUUUGGAUUACUAUGUGAUAAUUAACACUGCUCAAGAGAAUUUAUAUUUCAAUGACUUUUACUGUUUUAUAAAAAUAAACAACUUUUUACCAAUCCAGA